GCAAUCUCCCACCCCACCCAAAGAUAUUUCCAGCUCAUCUCUGAUCUCUCUGAUAAUAAUAUCUUUGGUCAGACAAAAAUAUCUUUGCGCCAGAACAUAGAGACAGACUGACAGAGACAGGGAUGAGGCUGUGGAGCAGACGAUAAAAAUUGUGAUUGUUGUUUCCAAAAUUGAUUUUUGGCCUUAAAAUACUAAUAAUGUCGAAGCUCAAAGUAUCUUUAGAAUGGAAAAAACGCGUAAGAUCAGAAUACAUGCGUCUGAGGCAAAUGAAACGACACAAACGUGCAGAUGAGGUGAAAAUAGCCUGGAACCAGAAUAGAAAGGUUAUGACAGAAUUGCUGGAAGCAGAAAACAAAUAUUGGAUAGACGGAAAAGCGAUGUGGUUUGCAAUGCAGGAAGUCCCACCACAUGUUUCUUGCAUGAAAAAAGCUGAGGUGACGAGUGCUGAUGGAGAAUCUCAAACAUGUCCAAUUAAAGUUGUAAAUUCCGUUGCACCCGUACCGAUGAUGUAUACAUGGGCAGGCAUAUCGCAAAACUUUAUGGUUGAAGACGAGACCGUUCUCCACAAUAUUCCCUACAUGGGGGAUGAAAUUCUUGAUCAAGAUGGAACAUUCAUUGAGGAGUUGAUUAAAAAUUAUGAUGGCAAGGUUCAUGGCGACAAAGAGUCUGGCUUCAUGGACGAUGCAAUUUUCGUAGAUUUGGUAAAUGCUCUCGCCAACGGUGACAAGGAAGAAAAAGAGAAGGAGAAAGAUCCGCCGAAAAAAUCAAAAGAGUCUGCGAAAGAGAAGGAGAUUAAAAAUGAAGAUAAAGGAAGAAAAGAAGAUUUGCCGAACAAAAAUUAUGAAAAUGGUCCUUUUCCGUCUAUCCAAAUAUUUAACGCAAUUUCUUGUAUGUUUCCUGAUAAGGGAAAACCAGAAGAGCUCAAAGAAAAGUAUAUAGAACUAACCGAGAGAUCGGAUCCGAAUGCUUUGCCACCAGAAUGUACUCCAAACAUCGAUGGCCCAAAUGCAAAAAGUGUUCCCAGAGAACAAGUUAUGCAUUCUUUUCACACACUUUUCUGUCGCCGAUGUUUCAAAUACGACUGUUUCUUACACCGCCUCCAAGCUUCUCAUCCGGGGCCCAAUUUACAAAAGCGCAAGGGACCUGAGUUGAAACCAUUCUGUGAACCAUGUUCUCCCGAUUGUUAUAUGCAUUUGGAGGGAAUGAAGGAAAAACUCGCGGCGCAAGCAGCCGAUGUGAAGGACGAAGACGGAGAAGAAAAAAGAGGCGCACCGAGGAAAGUAAAGAAGCAAACGAGUGUUGAUUCAGGAAAUGAAGCGAGUAGUGAAGACAGUAAUGACAGCAACAAGUAUAGUCAAGGAGGCAGUUGUCAAGACUUUUCACAAAACGUGAAUGAGGAUUCAAAAUCGGAAGAUGCACAAAACCAGUCACAGCCAGAAAAUCAAACGCCCUUUUCUCUCUUAAAAAUAAAAUCGAAAGCGGUAGCUGAGACCAAAUUUUCCUGGACUGGAUCAGAACAAAGUGUCUUCCGAGCUUUACAUAAAGCUUUCCCUGGAAAUCCAUGUGCUUUAGCUCAAAUCAUGUUAACUAAAACUUGUCAAGAAGUUUACAAAUUCGCUCAAAAGGAUGCAUCUGAUAUUCCAGCGGUUGAAAGUUUAAAGGACAUGACUCCUCCGAGAAAGAAGAAGAAGAAACAUCGCCUCUGGUCUGUCCACUGCAGGAAAAUACAACUCAAGAAGGAUUCUGGAGCGAAUCACGUACACAAUUACUCCCCCUGCGAUCAUCCAAAUCGUCCCUGCGACAAUUCAUGUCCUUGUAUUCAAGCCCAAAAUUUCUGCGAGAAGUUUUGUCAGUGCAGUAGUGAGUGCCAAAAUCGAUUUCCUGGAUGCAGGUGUAAAGCUCAAUGUAACACCAAACAGUGUCCUUGUUACUUGGCUGUGCGUGAAUGCGAUCCUGACUUGUGUCAAACUUGUGGCGCAGAUCAGUAUCGUAUUGCCAAAAUAUCCUGUAAAAAUGUCAGCGUUCAACGCGGACUCAAUAAGCAUUUACUUAUGGCUCCGUCCGACGUUGCGGGCUGGGGAAUUUUCCUCAAAGAGUCUGCAGCUAAAAACGAAUUCAUCUCGGAAUAUUGCGGGGAAAUUAUUAGCCAAGAUGAAGCCGACAGACGCGGAAAAGUCUAUGACAAAUAUAUGUGCAGCUUCUUAUUUAAUUUAAAUAAUGAUUUCGUUGUUGAUGCCACUAGAAAGGGAAAUAAAAUAAGAUUCGCAAAUCAUUCCAUAAAUCCCAAUUGUUAUGCCAAAGUUAUGAUGGUUAAUGGCGAUCACCGAAUCGGAAUUUUCGCGAAGAGAGCAAUUCAACCUGGUGAAGAAUUGUUUUUCGAUUACAGAUAUGGACCAACAGAACAACUAAAAUUCGUCGGUAUCGAACGUGAAAUGGAGUUUUUAUAGUAUUAUAAUAUAUAAGUUUAUCAAUUUUAGAAAAGAAGCUAACUUUUCUGUAUAGUGUAUUAUUAGAAA